AGGCUGACGCGAGAGGGGGGCGGGGAGCCGCGUCGGCGUCGCGGGGCGCGGGCGAUUCGAGGCCGACGCAUGUGCGCGUGCGCGCGCUGGCGAUGUGUCGGCGUUAGAGGGGAGUGACGCGUGCGCGUUCACGUGCACCCGGGAGAGCGGUAAGAAGCAAAGGGAAGCUAGAAGGUGGUGGGGGUGGAGGAGCUAACCGGAGGAGGGGUGGGGAGGCGGCGCCUGCGCAGUGCGCCGCGGAGAGCAGUGUGUAUGUGAGAGUCUGACGGGUUCAAAAUGGCGGCGGCUGCUUCGGCGGCUCCUCCUGUGUGAGGGAAACAACACCCCUCCCCAGCAGCGGCGGCGGCGGCUGCAGGUCCCUGAUCACCGUCCCAGCGGCUGGGCCUGUCGCCGCUCUGUCUAUCCUGGGCAGAGGGCGCUCUGGGAGGAGGGGCAACGCCAGGGGGCCCAUACCCCGGAGUCUCUACUGCGGCUGGGGAGUAGCCGGGGGCUCGUCCCGCAGCGCGGAGCCCGGGCUGAAGGGGAGACGUGAGGGCAGCCCGGGCCCCCAGCUCCGCGCGCCGCGCCGCUCCCGCUCUCUCUGUCCCUUGGGGCCAGGGCCCACGUUCCGGGGGGCCAAGCGACGCUGGGAGCCUCGGCCCGGCCGGUCUCAGCUCAUCGGCCGCCGCUCCCCGGCUCCCGAGGCGGCCGACUGCUGCUGGCCCAGGGCACGGCGAGGAGGGCGCUCCCUGCGGCCAGGCCGGCCCGGCCUUCGGGCGGCUGACCGCCAGUCCGGGCGAGGCACCGGGGGUCGUUCCUCCCCUCUCCUACGCCUCCGACGCCUGGUCUUCAAAGCCAGAAGAGAAGGUUGGAUCCAGCAACUGUUUCCUCUUUUCCGGGUCGCUUUGACCCUCUCUGGAUACUGGGUUGAUCCACGGAAUAACCGAAGACGACGUUUGGGAUUUAAUUUUUCCUCUCAGUUUUUGGAAUCUUUCACUUCUCACUUGGACAAGAACUCUAGAGCAAAAUCCCCGUGUUGCAAUCUGGUUCCUAAGGAGGAAGAGGAAGGCAGUCCUGGAGUGGUUUCUUUAUAGUAAUUUCAACAGAAGAGUGAGAGAUGGAACCCGAAGAAGAAAGAAUUCGUUACAGCCAGAGAUUGGUAAAAGAUGCCCUUGUAGUUCUACAGUAUACUGCCUGUGUGGUUAUACAUGGUGACCCUUGUUGGAGGGAAAGAAGAUAUGAAGGAAAGUCACUUUGUGCAUUUCAACUAGGACGGCGUGGUACCAUGCGACGACGCUAUGAAGACGAUGGCAUUUCAGAUGAUGAAAUUGAAGGGAAAAGAACUUUUGACUUGGAAGAGAAACUCCACACCAACAAAUAUAAUGCCAAUUUUGUUACAUUUAUGGAAGGAAGAGAUUUUAAUGUAGAGUAUAUCCAGCGGGGUGGCUUGAGAGACCCUCUGAUAUUCAAGAAUUCUGAUGGACUUGGAAUAAAGAUGCCAGAUCCAGACUUUACUGUGAAUGAUGUCAAAAUGUGUGUAGGAAGUCGUCGGAUGGUGGAUGUCAUGGAUGUGAAUACACAGAAAGGCAUUGAAAUGACCAUGGCUCAGUGGACACGCUACUAUGAGACUCCAGAGGAAGAGCGAGAAAAACUCUAUAAUGUCAUCAGCCUAGAGUUUAGCCACACCAGGCUGGAGAACAUGGUACAGAGGCCUUCAACGGUGGAUUUCAUUGACUGGGUAGACAACAUGUGGCCAAGGCAUUUGAAGGAAAGUCAGACUGAAUCAACAAAUGCCAUCUUGGAAAUGCAGUACCCUAAAGUGCAGAAGUACUGUUUAAUGAGUGUUCGAGGCUGCUAUACUGACUUUCACGUGGACUUUGGUGGUACCUCUGUGUGGUAUCACAUCCACCAAGGGGGAAAGGUCUUCUGGCUCAUCCCCCCUACAGCCCACAACCUGGAGCUGUACGAGAAUUGGCUGCUAUCAGGGAAACAGGGAGACAUCUUUCUGGGUGACCGGGUGUCAGAUUGCCAACGCAUUGAGCUCAAGCAGGGCUAUACCUUCGUCAUUCCCUCAGGCUGGAUUCAUGCUGUAUAUACUCCUACAGACACAUUGGUCUUUGGAGGCAAUUUUUUGCAUAGCUUCAACAUCCCCAUGCAAUUAAAGAUAUAUAACAUUGAAGAUCGGACACGGGUUCCAAAUAAGUUCCGCUAUCCAUUUUACUAUGAGAUGUGUUGGUAUGUGUUGGAGCGCUACGUGUACUGUAUAACCAGCCGUUCCCACCUAACUAAGGAAUUUCAGAAAGAAUCUCUCAGCAUGGAUAUGGAGUUAAAUGGAUUGGAGUCUGGAAAUGGGGAUGAGGAAGGAGUAGACCGAGAACCCCGACGUUUGAGCAGUAGGCGUUCUGUCCUUACUAGCCCUGUAGCCAAUGGGGUCAACCUGGAUUAUGACAGCCUGGGAAAAACCUGCCGAAGUCUUCCGAAUCUGAAGAAAACUUUGUCUGGGGACUCAUCCUCUGACUGUAGCCGGGGCUCCCAUAAUGGCCAAGUGUGGGAUCCCCAGUGUAGCCCCCAAAAGGACAGGCAAGUGCAUCUGACCCAUUUUGAGCUUGAAGGCCUUCGCUGCCUUGUAGAUAAGUUGGAAUCUCUGCCACUGCACAAGAAGUGUGUCCCCACAGGGAUAGAAGAUGAAGAUGCUCUUAUUGCCGAUGUGAAGAUUUUGCUUGAGGAGCUUGCCAGUAGCGAUCCCAAGUUAGCCCUCACUGGAGUCCCUAUAGUACAGUGGCCAAAAAGGGAUAAGCUUAAAUUCCCCACCCGGCCAAAGGUGCGGGUUCCAACCAUCCCUAUCACAAAGCCUCACACUAUGAAACCAGCUCCACGGCUAACACCUGUGAGGCCUGCGGCUGCCUCUCCCAUUGUGUCAGGAGCCAGGCGAAGAAGAGUGCGCUGUCGGAAAUGCAAAGCCUGUGUGCAAGGAGAGUGCGGUGUUUGCCACUACUGCAGGGACAUGAAGAAGUUUGGAGGACCUGGACGCAUGAAACAGUCCUGUGUCCUCCGACAGUGCUUGGCACCCAGACUGCCUCACUCAGUCACAUGUUCCCUCUGUGGAGAGGUGGAUCAGAAUGAAGAGACACAGGACUUUGAAAAGAAACUUAUGGAAUGCUGUAUCUGCAAUGAGAUUGUUCACCCUGGCUGCCUUCAGAUGGAUGGAGAGGGUUUGCUUAAUGAGGAAUUGCCAAAUUGCUGGGAGUGUCCAAAGUGUUAUCAAGAGGACAGCUCGGAGAAAGCUCAGAAGCGGAAAAUGGAAGAGAAUGACGAAGAAGCUGUGCAAGCCAAAGUCCUGCGGCCCCUGCGGAGCUGCGAUGAGCCCCUCACACCCCCGCCCCAUUCACCCACUUCCAUGCUGCAGCUCAUCCACGACCCAGCUUCCCCCCGGGGUAUGGUGACUCGGUCAUCCCCUGGGGCUGGCCCCAGCGAUCACCACAGUGCCAGCCGUGAUGAGCGCUUCAAACGGCGGCAGUUGCUGCGGCUGCAGGCCACAGAGCGCACCAUGGUACGGGAAAAGGAGAACAAUCCCAGCGGCAAAAAGGAGCUGUCUGAAGUUGAGAAAGCCAAGAUCCGGGGAUCGUACCUCACUGUCACGCUACAGAGGCCCACCAAAGAGCUCCACGGGACAUCCAUUGUGCCCAAGCUGCAGGCCAUCACGGCCUCCUCUGCCAAUCUUCGCCAUUCCCCCCGUGUGCUAGUGCAGCACUGUCCAGCCCGAACCCCCCAACGUGGGGAUGAGGAGGGGCUGGGGGGAGAGGAGGAGGAAGAGGAGGAGGAGGAGGAGGAAGAUGACAGUGCAGAGGAGGGGGGUGCAGCCAGGCUGAAUGGCCGGGGCAGUUGGGCUCAGGAUGGAGACGAAAGCUGGAUGCAGCGGGAGGUCUGGAUGUCUGUCUUCCGCUACCUCAGCCGCAGAGAACUUUGUGAAUGUAUGCGAGUGUGCAAGACGUGGUAUAAAUGUAAAAGUGCAGAUUCUGUGGAAGGACAUGGUUCCUCUCUCCCCAUUAGCUUGAAAAUACAUUCACUUUGUUCUGGUCAGCUGAUAAUUGACACUUUGAAUGGGCUAGUAGAGUACAUUCCAUAUCUGUUUCCAUUCAUUGCAGGACUGAAAGACCUCCUCCUAGCAGGCUGUUCCUGGUCUGCAGUCUCUGCCCUCAGCACCUCCAGCUGCCCCCUUCUCAGGACCCUUGAUCUUCGGUGGGCAGUGGGAAUUAAGGACCCUCAAAUUCGGGACUUGCUGACUCCAUCAGCUGAUAAACCAGGUCAGGACAAUCGCAGCAAGCUCCGGAACAUGACUGACUUCCGGCUGGCAGGCCUUGACAUCACGGAUGCCACACUUCGCCUCAUCAUUCGCCACAUGCCCCUCCUGUCUCGACUCGACCUCAGUCACUGCAGCCACCUUACAGAUCAGUCCUCCAAUCUACUCACCGCUGUUGGGUCUUCCACUCGUUACUCUCUCACAGAACUCAAUAUGGCAGGUUGCAAUAAACUGACAGACCAGACCCUGAUCUACCUACGGCGCAUUGCCAAUGUCACCCUGAUUGACCUUCGAGGAUGCAAGCAGAUCACUCGAAAAGCCUGUGAGCACUUCAUCUCAGACUUGUCCAUCAAUAGCCUCUACUGCCUGUCUGAUGAGAAGCUGAUACAGAAGAUUAGCUAAGACAUGCCCAGCCUGAACUGAACAGGAAAUGGAUCUUCCCCAGCCUCCCCACUGAGGAGAGCCUCUCCCUGACCCUGCACGGGCUCUGAGGCCAGCGUCACACUCCCUCUCUGCUCUUCUGACCCUGAGCCCUUCUCCCACAGGUGGGAUACAGAGGAUGGACGACACCAGGCUUACCUGCCUGCUCCUCUGCCUCCCAAGGAAAAGGGACUAGCAGUUGAUGUGAGAGGAAGGAAAGCACAGGCUGUGCUGUUGUGGUGCCUGCUCACUUGCUCACCUGCCAGGAGGCUCGGCAUCUGGGGGAUUCAUGCAGCCUUCACCUGCAACACGCCCUGGACCCCUCUUCCCCACCUGUGGCCCCAACAGUGCCUGGUUCAGAGCAGACUCCAGGAAAGAAAGCAGUCCUGCCUCCAUGGCCAGGUUCUCCUCAUGUCCAGUGCGUGUCUCUCCUCUGUCACACUCUCCCAGCUUCUGCAGGAGGGGCCAGCAGCCCCAGGAAUGCCAGGCCCAGCAGAUCCCACUGGUGCUGUUGAUGUCCGAAGCCUCACACCCAUCUGUGCUCGCCCUUCUUUCCUUUCCCUGAGCUUGAUGCUGCCCAGCAUUCGUGCUCAUUCAUGUAAUACAGUGUACCCCCUUCCAUCCAGCUCCCGACUUUCCCACCAGUCUUCUCUGAGGUCCUUGUUGCACUUAAUUGGGGUUGAAGCUCUUCAAAGGAGCUAGAACUGAACUCCAGGGACACCCCCAUUUCAUUGCUACCCAGGCAGAUUCUGAGACAGGCACCAUCUCCUCCCCCUCUCACCUCCCACUGACUGCCCUUUUCCACGUGUCCUCCUUCCUGCCUGAAUAGGGCUUUCCCAGGAUGCGUGUCCUCAGAGGGAGCAGCCUUUCUCCCCUGCCAGGUGAAGGGGAACAGAGGACUGGCCAAAUCCCCACCUGCCUCCAGGCCAGGCUUUUCCAGGCCUCUACUUUAGUUUGGCCCCCGAGAGCCCCAGGCCUGUGCAUUGCCCCAGCGGCUCACUGACCUGGUGCCUUUCAAUGGUCAAGGGUUCCUUCUUGGAAGCCAGUCUCCUGCCCUCUGCCUAUAGCCGUGGAAGGGGAUGUGCAUGUGCCUCUGUGUGUGUGGCUGAGUAUGGUGUGUGUGUGUUUGAGUGCGUGCGUGUGUGUGUGUGUGUGUGUGUGUGUAGGAAAGGAGGGGAGUGUGUGUCUCCCACUCCACCACCCUUUGUCAAGCCCCAUCAGCUGCCCCCUUUUACUUUGCAUUGAACGGCCUGUCCAAAGAUCCUCUCUCUAGGGCAGCAGAGAGCUUUUUGCACUUUAAAAAAAAAAAAAAAAGGAAAGAAAGGUCGGAAUUUCUUCUGGGUCAAUAUUUAAGUGUGUGAGGAGAUAUUCAAUAGCAGCCUGUGGCAAGAGCUUCUAAGUGA